GCGCAGUUGCCAGUAUUUUAUCAAAGGACAUUACAAAUGCGAAAUUUUUCAAAAAGAAAAGAUGUUGUCAGCAUCAGAGAUAGUUACAGCUACUAAGUCCGCACUCAAGCCUGAGUUCUAAGCAAAUUGUUUUAAAAUAAUUUAUAAUUGUAUUGGCAACGCAGCGCUAUCUGCGAUAUCGCUAAAUCAAAUUUUUGAAGUGCUUAAAAAUACCGCGCUAAUUAGAACGAGUCCAGUGAUGCAAACGAACAUCGCGAAAAGCACCAUGGGAGUCAUAUUUUUUAUGUGUUUUUCCAUCAUCUUUGGGACCACCCACGGCGCGGCCAUCGAAAACGUUAACGUAGACGCAGACAUUUACCAGAACGUGUUGAUCGAAAUAAACAAACUAAAAGACUCCAAUGGUUCCGUGGAGUAUCUUAUAGAGACCGACGAGUAUCCAGUAGAAACCCACACAGUCACCACAAAAGAUGGUUACAUUCUCAAAAUGCACAGAAUUCCGAACGGGAAAAAGAGGAAGAGUAACGGAAAAGUUGCGUUUCUGCAACAUGGAAUCCUCUCUUCGUCUGCCGAUUGGGUUAUUAUGGGUCCCGAUCGAGCUUUGGCGUACAUGUUAGCCGACGAGGGCUACGACGUAUGGUUAGGAAACGCUCGGGGGAAUACCCAAUCGCGUGCGCACGUCUCUUACGACCCCGAUAAGGAUUCGAAGUUUUGGCAAUUUUCGUGGCACGAAAUUGGCACCAUAGACGUGCCGCUAAUGAUCGAUUACGUCCUUAACAACACCGGUGUAGAUGGCGUGUACUACGUAGGUCAUUCGCAGGGAACGACUGUGUUCUACGUUAUGACGUCAAUUUUACCUGAAUACAACUCAAAAAUUAAGGCCCAAAUUAGUUUGGCACCCAUCGGAUUCAUGAAUCACAUGACCAGUCCGCUUUUAAAAUUGGUGGCGCUUUUUCAAUUGCCGCUCGAGAUGUUACUUAAAUUGAUCGGCGUAGACGAAUUCCUGCCGGCUUCAGAUUUUACGAAGAACGUUCUUGGAGACGCGGUCUGCGCAGAGGAUGCAAUUUCUCAACUUCUGUGCACCAACGCCCUUUUUGCGGUCUGCGGAUUCAGUAGAUCUCAAAUGAAUUCAACUCUACUGCCGAUCAUGAUGAAGUAUACCCCCGCUGGUGCUGCUACCAACCAAAUUCUGCACUACGGCCAGGAAAUAACCUCUGGUAAAUUCAGACAGUACGAUCUUGGACUAUUAUCUAAUUUGAGGGUUUACGGAAGUAUUUUUCCGCCAGAUUAUAAUCUCUCGAAAAUAACCUCUCCCGUUUACCUUAUCUACAGCCGAAACGAUUGGCUCUCGGCAGAAAAAGAUGUUAACCGUAUAUGCAAUGGUAUGAAGGAUGCUUGCAAGGCAAUGUUGCUUAUGUCAGAUUUUUCCUUCAAUCACUUGGACUACAUGUUUGGGAUCGACGCGCCCUCUCUUGUAUACAAUAAAGUAAUUAGUUUGUUUACCCGGCAUUAAAAAAACUUGUUAUUAUACUGGCUACGGAAUAUGUUAACUUUAUUAAUUUUAAAUGGAAUUAUUAAUUUGCGGAGUAAUCUUGUUGCAA